AUGGUUGAUAAGAGCGGUGCACAAAAGAACGCAGAUUGCUGUGGGCAUAACACUGCCACUGUCGGUGUAGGUGCGGCACCACUCGACCCAAGCAGCGCGGGAGGGCAGGCUGCCAGAAUUCCUUGCAAGGGCACAAAGAAAGGCAUGGAUGCUCUGAAGGAGGGAGCCACGGACAGCGGAGCCCCCACUGGGUGGCCUUCAAACGGCCGGGAGGAUGCCGCUGCCGACCGCCCUUGCUCUUCCCCAUUCUUCUGCUUCGGUUGCCCGAACGGAGACAAUCGUAUCUCAUUCGUCGAGCAGGAUUGGGUGGACUUGGAGAAGAAGAUCACAAAGGCUGGAGACAGCGGCCUGCUUGGUGGUAUGACUGUUGUCAUCAGGGAGCUGCGCGAGCUUUUCAAGAACAGGAAACUCAUGGUCACCGACAGUAGAGCCGGCAACGUGUACGAGGUCGUUCUCCCUAUAGUGACUGAUGGCACUCGCUUGGCCAACGCCCUCGAGCGGAUGCGAAAGAUGAAGACAAGGAACCAGACUGAGGCGCAAGCAGUCCUCGAAGAGGUGUGCACCGAAUGGCGGGCGAUUUGCAACGUGCAGGAUGAAGCAGUCAGAGCUGAGAAGGACAGAGAUAUUCAACAGCUCACAACGGAACUCCAGAACGUUCUAAAUCAGGCAGACAAUCUGAGGGCGGCAAAGGAGACUGAAGCGCAGCAGCUCAGAAGCCAGAUUGUACAAGUUCAGAAGCAAAUGAAAGAGCUCAAGGUGGCAAAGGACGGCGAAGCCCAGCACCUCAGAAGCCAACUUCAGAACGCUCUAAAUCAGGCAGACAAUCUGAGGGCGGCAAAGGAAACUGAAGCGCAGCAGCUCAGAAGCCAGAUUAUACAAGUUCAGAAGCAAAUGGAAGAGCUGAAGGUGGCAAAGGAGGGCGAGAUCCAGCAGCUCAGAAACCAGGCUCGGCAAGCUGAGAAACAAAUGGACGAGCUGAGAGCCCAGAAAGUGCAAACUGACGGUGACAAUGUUGAAAAAGGCGAGGAAAUCAAGCGCCUGAGUGGCGAUGUCGCGGUCUUGAGAAGCGAGAACGACAGGCUUCGGAGGGACUUGGCUGUCCCUCCCCCUCAGCAGACGCCACCGAUGCCCCACAGCAAUCUCUAUGUUGGUCAUCUGCCGGACUGGCUUGAGAGCAAAGAGCUGAGCGAGCUCUUCGCGCGAUUUGGCACGAUCACUGCCCACUGCGUGAUGCCUGCAGACAAGAGUCACGAGCACAAGUACGGGCUUGUCGAAUUUGCAACCGUGGAAGAGGCAGCUACGGCAAUACGGGAAAUGCACGGAUAUGCCAUAGGCGACCAACAACUCGAGGUGAAACUAGCCAACAAACCGCGGAAAGAGGCUCCCAGGAAGUCCCCCACCGGAGGACCAAGGAAGCUUUACGUCAAUGGAUUUCCUCCCGACUGGAAAACGAGGGACCUGGAGCAGCUUUUCAGAGGCGUGGGCACAAUCACAGAUAUCCGUGUGCUCCAGAGCAGUGAAUCGAACAAGGGACCGUUUGCCUUUGUCAUGAUGUCAGGGGCAGACGAGGCAGCAAGGGCAAUCGAGAUGUGGAACCGCCGCACACCGCACGGAUGCGUGGGGCCUAUUGUGGUGGAGUAUUCCCGAAAUUGA